UCUAUAGACUGUUCAGGUAAAACGGCUGCAUCUACUUUUAACUGUAAAAGAUUCUGCAGCAAAUAUUCCGAAGAACUUAGAAGCUAGAAGGAGACUUCAAUUCUUUGCAAACUCGUUGUUCAUGGACAUGCCUCGUGCUAAACCAGUUUCUGAGAUGAUACCUUUCUGUGUAUUUACUCCGUACUACAGUGAGACAGUCCUCUUCAGCAAAUCAGAAUUAAAAGUUGAAAAUGAAGAUGGGAUCUCGACCCUUUUCUAUCUCCAAAAAAUCUAUCCCGAUGAGUGGGAAAAUUUUCUAGAACGAAUUAAAUCAACUGCUGAUGCUGUUGAAGAUGAUGAUAGCUUGGAGUUACGAUUUUGGGCAUCGUAUCGUGGCCAAACAUUGGCAAGAACAGUGCGUGGUAUGAUGUACUAUAGAAGGGCUCUUGUACUACAAAGUUAUUUAGAAAAGCGCUAUCUUGGAGGAAUUGAAGAUGGUUAUUCUGUUAGUGAUUACAUAAGCACACAGGGAUAUGAGUUGUCUCCUGAAGCAAGGGCCCAAGCAGACAUUAAAUUUACAUAUGUUGUUUCAUGCCAAAUUUAUGGUCAACAGAAACAAAAAGGGGCUCCAGAGGCAGCUGAUAUUUUACUCCUUAUGCAGAGAAACGAGGCUCUACGCAUUGCUUUCAUACAUGUUGAAGAAAAAGUAGCUGCUGACGGACAAGUUACCAAAGAGUUCUACUCAAAGCUUGUGAAAGCUAAUGAUAAUGGACAGGAUCAGGAAAUUUAUUCAGUAAAGCUUCCUGGAGAUCCCAAGCUUGGGGAAGGGAAACCUGAAAACCAGAAUCAUGCCAUAAUAUUCACCCGUGGAGAUGCCAUUCAGACUAUUGACAUGAAUCAGGACAAUUACUUGGAGGAGGCUGUGAAGAUGAGGAAUCUUCUCGAAGAGUUUCAUGGAAAUCAUGGCCUUCGAGCUCCCACCAUCCUUGGUGUGAGAGAGCAUGUCUUUACAGGAAGUGUCUCUUCACUAGCUUGGUUUAUGUCAAACCAAGAAACUAGCUUUGUUACUUUAGGACAACGUGUUUUGGCAUACCCUCUCAAGGUCCGGAUGCACUAUGGACAUCCAGAUGUUUUUGAUAGGAUAUUCCACAUAACUAGAGGUGGUGUAAGCAAGGCAUCUCGUGUAAUCAAUAUCAGUGAAGACAUUUAUGCUGGAUUCAAUUCUACAUUGAGACAGGGGAAUAUCACACACCAUGAAUAUAUUCAGGUUGGAAAAGGAAGAGAUGUUGGGUUGAAUCAAAUUGCACUUUUUGAGGGUAAAGUAGCUGGUGGAAACGGAGAACAAGUACUGAGCAGAGACGUAUAUCGUCUUGGGCAGCUUUUUGAUUUCUUUAGGAUGUUGUCAUUCUUCUUCACAACUGUUGGCUUUUAUGUUUGUACGAUGAUGACCGUUCUUACUAUUUACAUAUUUUUAUAUGGGAGGGUAUACCUGGCACUGUCUGGACUAGAUUCUGAAAUCUCGAGGAAGGCAAGAAUUUCAGGCAACACUGCACUUGAUGCUGCUCUGAAUGCUCAGUUCUUGGUUCAAAUUGGUGUUUUCACAGCAGUACCAAUGAUAGUUGGUUUUAUACUGGAAUUUGGGUUAAUGCAGGCUGUCUUCAGCUUUAUUACUAUGCAAUUCCAGCUUUGUGCAGUUUUCUUUACAUUUUCCCUUGGAACAAGAACACACUAUUUUGGUAGAACAAUUCUUCAUGGAGGUGCUAAAUACAAGGCGACAGGUAGAGGCUUUGUUGUCCGUCACAUCAAGUUUGCUGAAAAUUAUAGGCUUUAUUCUAGAAGCCACUUUGUCAAAGCACUUGAAGUUGCACUUCUUCUCAUUGUCUACAUUUCAUAUGGAUAUACUAGAAAUGGUGCAUCCUCUUUCAUUCUUCUAACUAUCAGCAGUUGGAUUCUAGUUAUAUCAUGGCUAUUCGCUCCAUAUAUUUUCAACCCAUCUGGAUUUGAGUGGCAGAAGACUGUUGAGGAUUUUGAUGAUUGGACUGCAUGGCUCCUUUAUAAAGGUGGUGUUGGAAUCAAGGGAGAAUAUAGCUGGGAAUCUUGGUGGGAUGACGAGCAGAGUCAUAUACAAACACUUAGGGGGAGGAUCUUGGAGACCAUCUUGAGCCUCAGGUUCUUCAUAUUUCAAUAUGGGAUCGUCUACAAGCUGCGUCUCACUGGAUCUGAUACUUCUCUAGCUGUUUAUGGUUUUUCAUGGUUGGUUCUGUUUCUUAUGGUCUUGAUAUUCAAGGUUUUCACUGUUAGUCCAAAGAAGACGGAAAUUCAGCUGAUGAUGCGAUUCACUCAAGGAGUCACUGCCAUAGCACUCAUAGCUGGACUUGUUGUAGUUGUUGCCUUAACAAGACUGACAAUUCCUGACUUGUUUGCCUGUGCCCUUGCAGUUAUACCUACUGGCUGGCUCAUACUAUCUUUGGCGGUUUCAUGGAAGACUUUUAUCAAACGUUUGGGACUAUGGGACUCUCUCCGUGAAAUUGCUCGACUGUAUGAUGCUGGAAUGGGUGCUGUUAUCUUUGUCCCUGUAGCAUUUCUGUCAUGGUUCCCAUUUGUCUCGACUUUCCAAUCUCGUCUUCUAUUCAAUCAAGCAUUCAGCAGAGGGUUGGAAAUCUCCCUCAUCCUUGCAGGGAACAAGGCAAAUGUGCAAGCUUAAACAAGUCUUUCGGUUAUCUACACAGAUUUAGGGGGGCUAUGGUCCCCAAAAGAUCUUCUAAUGUAGCGAGGCAACUGAGUGUGAUAUGCAGGAUGUAUUACGAAACCUUUUAAGUUUAGUAUUUAUUUUGUAUUGCAUUUUAUCAUUUAGUUUUCAAGUUGCUUA